CCGGUGUUUCAUUGAGUUGACUCCCUUAGAAUCGAAUAACCCAUGACUAAAAUAGCAGACGACUCAAUGUCCGGCUAAUCAGAUCAUCACUUGGUCAAAGGUCAAGGUCACAGUGACUCAUAACAGUAAAAAGGUUUCCUGAUGAUAACUCAAGAAAAGCAAGGCCUAGGAUCAUGAAACUUCAUAGGAGAGAAAAUAGAGGACGAUUUUACGUCAUGUGUGCGUAAAGCAAGUUGAGCUCACUGUGCGGACCAUUUGACUAUCUUGGUGACUAUACAAGCAAGUACCUGAUACUUCCCACGCCACAAAUAGAGAAGACCUGUGAAGGCCUUCAGGCCGAGUUCACAGAUGGCACAAAAAAUGUUCCUACCAAUGGCAUUUGUGUGCGCCCAAUUGGCCACACUGUUUAUUGUCGCCUUUUCAACAGACAACUGCAAGACUCUUCAGGGUAAAGCUAACGGGGCUCUUAGAAGCGACAUCUACACCGUCAAUAACAGUGCAGGGCAGUCAUAUCGCAUUUACUGUCAGUUCUAUGAAGGUUACGGAUACACUUUCCUAUCCAGUUCAACUAACGUCACUGUCGAUAUGGCCUCCCUCUAUGACAACACAUCCCACGUGAUCAUACGUCAUAAGGCCUCAAAAGGUCAGGGUAACCAGUACACAUCGACCAUAGCUCAAUUGGGAAGCUAUGCUUCCGUGCCAGUGUCGGUGCAAUAUUCAGCAUUCAGCGGGUACCAGGGGCCGAGAAACACCCAUAUGGCGCCAUAUAUUUUUGUUGGUUACAUUCCAAUAUCUAUGUCCGUAAGGGGAACAAUGCAGGGAUGGAAAGUCAACGGUGAAGAGCUGAACUUCACAAACUGCGAUGGAAAUCCCAACAGCUACAUUGCUUUCUUCUUCAACCCGUCUGGACAAAUGUAUAGGGGCCAUGUUGGCCAACGAAAUGACCUCUUGUACAAGUGGUAUGACAGCUCCUCUGAAGUAGCUCAAGACAAGCGCAUCCCUCAUGAGUUUUUUGUCUACUACCAUGAGGUCCAUCUGGGUGGCUGCGGUGGAUACAGUGUAGGCUCAAACGUACCGACUUGGGGAGCAGUGGGGAUGAAAUUUAACCUCAACGAGUGUGUCAGCGCCCCUUGUAGGAAUGGGGCUACAUGCAACAAUCUUAACAACACUUACAGCUGCUCUUGUGUGGCCGGGUGGCAGGGAACCAAUUGUGAACAAGACAUCAACGAGUGUGUCAGCGCCCCUUGUAGGAAUGGGGCUACAUGCAACAAUCUUAACAACACUUACAGCUGCUCUUGUGUGGCCGGGUGGCAGGGAACCAACUGUGAACAAGGUAAAGAGAGAUGGUCACCAUCAUUUCAAGUUUCUGGAAUGGCCAAAGAACUGAAGAGCAUUUGUCGUCAUGACUACCAACAUGGUGCUAUUCUAAUUAACAUUACCGUACUCCCAAUGGAUUGUAGUGAGCAGUAUAGCAGUCCUAUUAUACAUCAGGUUGACUGGAAGUUUUAUCGUCUUAAAGCAGAAAAUAAUUUUACAAUAUCCAAUAGUGAGGUUUACCAUAGCAUGGUUACAGUCAACGGCUCUUUUGCGUGGGAGGCUGGAGUAAAUUACCUAGCCAUAUAUGAAGUCAGGGCUGAUAUCAAUCUUACUGGGGAGUUUCGCACAGACAUAACUACAAUUAGGGGCUAUAUGGUGGUAGCAUGUUCAUGGGAAGGUGGCGAAGAAUGCAGCAGAGCCAUAAAACAGGAAACAAACUUCAUACCUGGUGUUUUGAAUACAGACCUAAAUGACAGGUUGUGUACACAAGCAGAACCCUGGGAACGUACUGGUUGGUGUUACAAACAGCCUGAUCAAGAACCGUUGACAAGUACUAAUGGACAAGGCACAACAGAACCAAUGACCAGUACCAAUGGACAAGGGACAACAGAACCAUUGACAAGCACCAGUAUACAAGGGACAACAGAACCAUUAAAUAGCACCAACAAACAAGUGACCACAGUUGCUCUGAUGAAUGGUGACAUGGCCAACGAAUCCCUCUUGGUCAGCUAUGGGGUGGUGCCUGUAGAUUGGCAGUGCGAGGUUGCGCCUAGUCAAGGCUACGCCCUUAUCACUGACUUCAACAUUACAUGCAAUGGCCUCACUGUACUGGGAGAUCUGCCACUAUCUUAUGAAUACACGGUGAAUACAAUGGAUACCAGAAGCAGUGGCGUGUUACUCUACUCUGGAUUAUCAUCUUUUGUUUCCAAUGUCAAGCUUCAACAAGGAUUCAAGUCCAAUGACUAUUACGUGUAUCUGUAUGUAGUGGCUGGCAUUCCUGGUGGGACAUCUUCCACUUUUAAUACUUCUUUUAAGGUUGAGCCGCCCAGUGCCUCUCUUGGCAGUAAGAGUAUGACGAACAUCGUGAAAGAGCUGAUAGAUAUCUCCAAUUCUGGUCAGCGUGCUGUUGUCGGUGAUCUAAUAAGUAACGGGAAUGUGGGCGAUGCUGUUCAGAUGAUGGAUGUAAUUAUGUCCAGUGUGAACAGUGAUGAAGAUACAAGCGGCAAGUCACAGGAGAGAACUAUGAUACGGACAGCAAUUGUUACCUACCUAGCAUCAACAAUAAAGGAUGUGGGCACUGUUAAUGAUGUGUUUGCGUCCGCCAGCGUUCUAGCAAAAAUCACCCAGAUGCCGGCAGAACUAAUACCAGAAAUGCAGGUAGUGGCUGCAAGUGUUGCUGAGAGUUUGGCAAUGUCCUUGUUCCAGCGCAGAAAUGAAACAUCAGAUCCUGACAAGAUAACCGAUGCCUCUCAGAAUAUAUUGAAUAGUGUUGGACAGCUGAUGGACAUAAAAGCAAACCCGUCUCUUGAAAUCUCAAGGACAAAGAAUGGGACAAAUCAGCUGCUAGGGGUUUUGGAAGUUCUCAGCAACACUCUUCUCUACAACCAAGCAUUGGACUCUAACACCACGGUGCUGCACACUGACACACUGUCACUGGGUGUAACUAAGGUUAUGGGAGGAGACCUGGCGUCAGAAGCAUUCACGCUAGGACUGAGCGGUCAGACGGCAUGGGUCUCGUUAGUUCAGGAGAUCGCACGUGAUGUUGAUUCUGUUGUGGGAGUACAGAUGAUGUUCAUUAAGACCAAUCCAUACACAUGGGAUGACUCGGCCCAGCAGGUCAAUCUACCGGUUCUCUCUCUGGAACUACUGAACCCUGAUCUGACCCCAGUGCUCAUCGAAGACCUCACCGAGCCGGUGACUGUCAACAUCCCUAUAUCAGAGUCGGUGACUGUAGAGAAUCAUACCAUGAUAUUACAUAUGAAGAAAAUAGGCCAAUAUAUAAUAGUGGAUACCUCCGAGGUAAAUGUGUUGAAUUUCAAUUUUACCAUUAAGCCGUACCAAACCUCGGUCCUUACCAUAGACAUUCUUACAAACCUGACCAAUGUGCUACUGUACAUCAGUUCUGAAAAUAAAACCCGUUACAAGGAAGUUGCUGCUUUAGGUGCGUUAUAUCCUGAACAAGCAGAGUUGUUGCAGACGUUCUCAGAGUUUCAACUGACCUCCAAUAAUUCAUGGAAGAGUUUAAAGUCAUUGUAUUUCAACUCUAAUAACACGAAUGAGCUGAAUUACACUAGUGUGUUUAAUGUUGGCAUAAGUGUAAAAAUGAAUGACAACAGAACCCUAGCAGAGUUAAGCACGCUGGACCCUGAAUGCCUUGGUAAUAAGUCACAGUUGGUGUGCAAAGCCAGGCUUGAGGUACCACUGAGGAUGCAGACACAUAGUUUAUCUUGCAAAUUCUGGAAUAAAACUGCUGAAAUUUGGGACCAGCAGGGAUUUGAGGUCUCCCCCUACAGCUCAGCAACUCAGCUGCAGUGUUUAUCCACACACAUGACGGCGUUCUCUGGGGGCGUCUUUGUUGUACCAAACUCAGUAGAUCCCCUAGCUGAUGCGGUUUUGUUCCUGACGUUUUUUGACAACCCUGUUGUCGUCACAACAGUGAUCAUAGUCUGGAUGCUCUAUCUGUUCUUAAUACAUUGGGCAAUGAAGGCUGAUAAACAUGAUCAGGAAAUAGCAAGUGUGGUGUGGUGUGGAGACGAAAGCCAACAUUACAUGUACCUGGUCUGUGUCGUCACAGGUUGGUGGACUUCAGCAGGAACCACAGCUAAUGUUUUCUUCUCAAUCACAGGCAGAGACCAUAUCAGCCCAAAACGCAAGCUGAAUACAGGCGUGCGGCCAUGUUUCCAGACCGGCUAUGAAGAUUGGUUUAUAUUCACGACUGAGCAGUGUCUGGGAGACCUAAAGGAAAUAUGUAUCUGGCACGACAACUCCGGAACCAGUCCAAAUUGGUACCUUAGUCAGGUGUUUGUCAAGGACCUGCAGAGUGCAGAAUCGUGGACAUUCCUAUGCAAAGACUGGUUGGCAGUGGACCGCGGCUUAAUACUGCGUACAUCGGCCACUCUAACAGCCGUAACCCAUGAAGAACUCAGAAACAAACGACAACACAACUUUCUUGUGAAGUCCACCCAGGAUCUUAGAGAUGGACACUUGUGGAUAAGCAUAUUCUCAAAACAGGCCAGAAGUACAUUUACACGCGUCCAGCGGCUAACUUGUGCGCUAUCCCUCUUAUUGACGACCAUGCUGACGAAUAUAAUGUUCUAUGGUAUACCAACUGACGAUCCCGAAGAUCAAGUGGGUGGGGUUGGGGGUGUGGUAAUUUCUCUGUCAGACAUCGUUAUUGGGAUUCAGAGUAGCCUAAUAAUGUUCCCUAUCAAUCUGUUUAUACUUCAACUGUUCUUGAAACUGAAGCCAAAACCGAAUGAGGUUCAAAUUCAGGCAAUGGAUAGUGAUUACCAGAAAUCAAAGAUUGCCAUACAGACCAUUAUUGAGGACUCAAAAAUGCAUGGAAAGAAAAACCUCAAUAGGUUGAUGGGAAUUGUGAAGCCGUACAGAAAACUUAUCAAGCAGCACAGAAAAAAUAUGGACAACAAAACCAAACGGAAGGUGCCGGCUUUAUCCGAGCAGUUAAAUCAUGGUGGCUUCAGAUCCCCGCUUGGAAUCAAUAAUGAACUGGGCGAUGUAAACACAUUGUAUUCAUCUGGAUUUCAAAGCGUCCAUUCUGACCCACAUUCAAGUUUGCAUCAGUCUGAAUCCGCUUACCGGAGUCUGCAUGAGUUUGUUUUAGAAGAUACAGGUCAUGAAAAUGAAAAGUCAACAACAGGAUGUGAGGUAGAUAAACUCAUUUCGUUUGCAAUUGCCACAUCACGUAUGCAAGAAGUUUCAAAUUUGCAAGAAACAUACUCAAAUCAUGCUAACAACAUACUAAGUAGAGGCCUGGUUGAUGUCAAAGAAUCUACAAGUUGUGCCGAUCCUGUAACGGACAGAUUAAGAUCAGACUCUUCAUCAAUGAAAGUGCAUAUCAUUAGCAAUACCAGAGCUAGAGGGAAAUUUCUGCCCUGGUGGUUUCUGUAUGUGGCCUGGGUGUUGGUGCUAGCUGUGUCCUUAAUAUGUUCCUACUUUGUAAUGCUCUACGGCCUCAAGUACGGCUACCAGCGCAGCGCCGAGUGGCUUGUAGCCUUCCUCACGGGAUUUACCCAAAGUGCUUUUAUAACACAGCCUGUCAAGGUUUUUUCAAUAGCAAUGGUGUUCACACUGAUAUUCAAGAAAACAGUGGAGUUUGAUGACUAUGGUCCAGAGGUAUAUGUAGACGAGGAUGAUCGAUUUCUACGGUCUGUGUGUAAACAGAAGGAGACGUAUAUCCCUUACUCGCAACCCCUCUCGCAGAAACUGAUGCAACUAAUGAAAGAAAGACUAAGGCUGGAAUGGCUUAUGGAUGUGACACUGCGGGACUUACUGCUGUACUUUGUGUAUCUGACCGUGUUGCUUGUCGUUGUCUACGGGAAUCGCGAUGUACUACCAGCCUACCGGAACACUGUGGCCCUUGAAGAUAUCUUUGUUAAUUCCGGCUCUUUGGAGGAGGUCAACAAAGUAGAGACGUUCUACCAGUACCUGCAUGAUGUGGCCAUCCCCAGUCUAGCAGACAUGGCUAUUUCCGACCACGAGUAUUUAACACCUUUCUCCAAUCACUUCCUGCUUGGGCCUUGGAGACUAAGACAACUAAGGGUGGCAAAAGGCUCAUGCUAUGAAGGCGCCGAGAAAAUAUUCGAGAGAUUCCAAAUCUACAAAUCGUUCAAUGUUCCAACGAGUAUUCAGUUAAGACCCAAGACACCGGCAAUUACAACAUGACAUGGAGUAAGUCGUUACCACGAGGAAUUCGUCGCUUGAGUCACCGUGGAUACACCAGUCAGCAUGGCAACUGAAGACGCUACCUACCGUUGGAAAACGGGCAACUUACUCGGGUGGGGGAUAUGUAGUCCUUCUACCUCAAGAAUCCGAUCUUAAACCAGGAAUCAUUCAAGACAUGUGGAACUCGGACUGGAUAGACGAGUACACCCGAGCAGUCCUGCUGGAAUUCACAGUGUACAAUCAAAAUGCAAACCUUUUCACGGCGGCUGUGAUCAUGUUCGAGUACCUGAACACUGGCGAAGUCGUACCAUCCCAUCAGUUCCAUUCCACAAAGCUGUUCCAUUAUUCUACGGAUUUUAGUAUAUUCGUUGCUAUGUGUGAAGUGCUCUUAUUUGCCUUUAACGUAGCAUUUGCGUACAUCGAGUGGAAAAGGUUUAAAGUUCUUGGCAAAAGAGCCUAUUUCAGCGAUAUUUGGUCUUACGUUGAAAUAAUACAAAUUUCCUUGUCUUAUUCUGUCAUUGGACUGUUUUUCCAACGAAUGGUUUCAGUGAACAGCGUGAUAGAUGAUUACAGGGCUAGUAAUGUGUCAUCGUUCAUCAGUUUUCAAACAGCAUUAUUCUGGGAUUCAGUCCUUGUUUACCUGAUGGCCUUUUUGGUGGGCCUUGUCACCCUGAAAUCGAUAAAGCUGCUUCGUUUUAACAAGAGGACAUUCAUGAUAAUGGACACUGUAAAGCAAUCAAAAGGCAUGCUACUCAGUUUCAUGUUCAUGGCAUGUGUAUUUGUAAUUGGGUUCGGGCAUUUCUGCUAUCUGGCUUUUGGAAAGGUUCUGUCUGAUUAUAGAAGUUUCCUCAGAAGUGUCAUUGCAAUCUUCAACUUUGCCCUUGGAACUUC